UCUGAAGACCUGGUCAUCGGCUAAACACAGCUGAUGCAAAUGGCGCAAAUGCUGUUAUAAAUAGCAAAGAAGUUUAAAGAUUUUGAGGUUCAGUAUGGAUGAGUGGCAGUUAAACAUAGGCCUGAUGCAGCGUAUCAGGUCCAAAUAUGAGGCAGCUGGCCGCACCCUGGGGACAGAACUGGCAGAAGAUGGAGCCAGUGGUAGCCCACAGGACUUAGAAGAACACCACGAGGAGGAUGUGAUCCCUGAUACACCAAGCCCUGUGUUCAAUAAAAUUAAGCCUCAAAGAGUCUAUCUAACAAAACCUAUGCAAAAUCCAAAUGGAAGAGUACACCAGAGCAAUAUAUCAAGAGAACUCCUCUCCCAAAAAUACAACAAGGACAACAGAAAGGAUGCAUUGGCUCGCCUUAAAGCACAGCGAGAUAAAAGGAAGAAUCCUCGUGAAAGCAGUUCUGAUGAAGAAGAAUUGGAGCCCAAAAAGCAUCAGUCAAGUUCUGGAAGUGAAUCUGAAUUGGAAGAGACUCCAUUGACAAAUGGUACAAAUCUAGCCCAAACAUUAUAUACCACUCACCCUGAGCAAGAGCUGGGUAGCCACUCAAGGCUUGCUACAACUGCUGGAUCAAUGAUUAAAGAAGAUUCUGCUAGCUGUGAUGGAAAAAAUACUGCUGUUGGCGUAAAGGGGGCAAGCAUUAUGGAAAGUAUUAAUGCAAAUAUUGCCCAUGUCUCGGCAUGUGCUGAAGCGCCCUCUAUAGACCAUGUUCAGCUGGGUGCCAGUGGGUGCUCUGAGGGAGGUGAUGUGGGUACUGGGGAUACCAAAGAUGACGUGUUGGACAUGAAGGGGGUUCCAGGCUGUGGUAACCACUCCCCUACCAAACAGCACAGUGAUUCUGACAGCAUGGAAGACAACAUGUCCCUGGCUUCUUUUGCUAAUAGAGUGAGGAAGAAGAGCCCUGAACUGAAGAAUCCCCCUGACCAUGAUGUAGCUGUGAGCAGUAGGUGUGGAGAAGACACCAAAUGCUAUCAGGGUAACUCACUCCACAGUGAUGAUGCUGUUAUGUUGUCCACUUACCAAUCUCAAGGUGCCCAGGGAAAUCAUGCUAGUCUUAGCGUCUCCUCAGUCACCAACACAGAUACCUCACUCUAUGCAGACAUGACACCAAACCAGCAACAGAUAGACCCAGGUUGUUCUGACAGGCUCUCUGAUGCUAAAACCUUCUCAGAACCUGGUAGUGUACACCAUGAUACUGUGCUGAUAUCUCCCACUGAGGGGAGACACAGUAAUGUCACCAGAUACAGUGCCAAGUGGAAUAAAUUCAUGACUGCUGCCAGGCAAAAGUGCGCAGGAGCAGAAGCUGCUACAAAGAAACACGAAGAAGAUGAUGAUGAUGAUGAUGAUUUUAAAUUGUCUUCUUCUCAAAAAGCAGCACAGAGAUUAAGUGACAGCCAAAGAAAUGAAGGUUCUAAGCCAGGCUGUGGACAGAGGAGGCACAGACUGGCAUUCCCAGCCACCAUGUCAAGCAAUGCUUCUAGGUAUGAAGCAGUGAGCAAAGAGGACACAGAUAAAAAUCUAAGCAGCAGGGGAAGUAGCUCAACUUUGACCAAAUCGCUUGGAAGAGAAAACAUGGACACGUCUCUAGGUUCAGUCACUCAUCAGGGCAGCAGACUGUUGAAAUUAACACCAGGCAGCAGAUGUGUUCCUAGAAAUGGGAUAAAAGGGCAGCAAACCACUAAUGUAAGAAAAGCUGAAAACGAAUUUAAGUCAGCAAGGGAGGAGAUGGAAAUACGUAACAGGAGCAGAAAUAAAGACAGUAUACUGAAUGCUUCUUCAGCUCAUAUGAAACCAUUAAAGAAACGAAAACUACCAUCGAGCACUAGCAGUGCCUCUCUCCCCAGGACAACUAGUGGCACCAGUAGUGACAUCUAUCAGGGAAAUCAAACAACAGGUGCCAGUCACCCCAGCACUGCUGUCCCAGAGCUCCAGAACAGAAAUCCACCAGUCACAGCUACCUCAGUCCCUCCCCCUACAGCAAGUACUGCCUCUGAGGACUUGGAUAUUAUAGCUCUGGAGACACCCAGUGAGGACACUGCCCCUGGGGAGAGGAGGAGGGGAAAGAGGAGGAGGACGGCUUCCACUGCCAGGAAUAUCUGGGCUGCAUUAACUCCUGUUGCCAGGGGGAUGAGCAGUAGACGACAUCAGACCACCUCUCCUACUCCGGGUGCUGAGGAUGAAGUGAUCUUGUUGUCUCCAGACCCAGUGGAGACCAUCAAUCUGAUAGAGUCAGAUGAAGCCUUGGCCAGAAGACUCCAGGAAGAAAUGGACAUGGAAUAUGCUGCCUCUCUUGCUGCCAGCUCCCACCAAACAGACAGUCUGGUCAUACCUCCUCCUUUACCCCCCUCACCUCCCCCUCUCCGCGGCACAGGGGUUAACCUGUACAGUCCUGUCAGGAUGAGGGGGACCAGGGUGAGAAAUGCCAGGGCACCUGUCCCAGUGGCUACUGGAGCCAGAACCCGCUCUGGUCACAUCCAGAAUGAACUGGAUCACCUGAAUGAGGAGGAUGUGGCGAUGCUGAUGAGGAUUGGAGCAAGUUGGGGCGUGCAAAGGGCGACUCAUUUAGAACAGGCAACCCCAGAGCUUGCAGCCCAGAGUCAAAGGUUUGCCUACACAGUGGAUGAAGUGCAAGGUAUGCUUGAUCAAGAAGUCAUGCAGUACUUGGCAGCCAGACGAAAUCACAGAGUGAAUGCUGUAUCAGUGGGGCGAAGGGGGAGGGGCCGUCAGCGCGCUGGACGCACAUGGUUAUCAGCCUACGGACCAAAUGAUGGCAAUGACUACGAGGAAUUACUGGAUUUGGCGGAGAGACUGGGAGAUGUGAAGAAGCGAGGGUUGUCAACUGAAGAGAUAUCCUGCCUACCAACAAAAUCUUAUUCUAAAACAGAUGAGGUGGAGCAGAGAGAAUGCCACAUAUGCAUGUGUGACUAUACUGACGGGGAGAACCUGAGAAUUCUGACCUGUUUCCACGAAUUCCACGCACCCUGUAUUGACAGGUGGAUCAAGGAUAAUCCAACAUGUCCUGUCUGCCGUGUGGAGGUUCAGCUGCACUGACGUCCCUGCCUUGCAGUCCAUGGUAACUUAAGGUACAUAUCAUAUCAUAGGCUAAUGAUCAUGGUAACCUAAGGUACAUAUCAUAUCAUAGACUAAUGAUUAGGUCUGCUUCUUCUUCUUGAACAAUAGUUCAUAACAAUAGUACAAUAAUGACUAAAUCUUUUCUAUGGGGGGAAAUUGUGAAUUUUACAAAUACUGUAUUUUGUAAGUCAUUAUUUCUUAAAAUAGGAGCAUUCCUAUUGAG